AUGCAAAAAUUAAAAUAUGUAAAAAUGAUUGGCGAUGGAGCCAGCAGUGUUUACCAAAAAAAUUGCUUAGAGAGAUUCUAUGGAAGAACAAUGGUCAGCAAAGUAGAAUGCAUAAACCAUCUUCUCAGAAAUUAUUGCACAAAUACAAAAAAAUACAGUCCAAAAAACAAAAUAGUAAGUCCACGACUAAAAAAAGUUUUGAGUGAUAGAAUUUUGAAGUUACGAGUGGGAAUUAAAUCGGCUGUAAAUUACCACAGAAAAAUUACCAGUGAUAUUGUUGACAACGUGAAGCAAUUAACUGCAGACAUUAAAACCUCUCCUUACCACACAUUUGGAAAUCAUUCAAACUGUGCACAAUAUUUUUGUAAAAGACAACAAAAUGAUAGAGAUUAUGUGACAGAAAUUGAAGAAUGCGGACUAACGGAUGACAUUGUAUCUGCUGUUAAUGGCUGGUUCAUAACAGACACAGUUUAUUAUUAA